AGUCUGAACGUCGCCUUGCUCUGCUGCAGACGCACAGGGCACACAAGUACUGAGGGAUAAAAACGGUGCUUGGAAUAAAGAAACCAAGCCUAAUCAUGACCGAAACCACGAAGACUCACGUUAUCCUGCUAUCCUGUGGCAGUUUUAAUCCCAUCACCAAGGGGCACAUCCAUAUGUUCGAAAAGGCAAGAGAUCACCUUCACAAAACAGGGCGAUUUAUUGUGAUUGGGGGAAUCAUCUCGCCAGUUCAUGACUCCUACGGAAAACCGGGUCUGGUCUCCAGCAGACAUCGCCUGACCAUGUGUCAGCUGGCUGUCCAAUCAUCUGACUGGGUUAGAGUGGACCCCUGGGAAUGCUAUCAGGACACCUGGCAGACGACCUGCAGUGUGCUGGAGCACCACCGCGAUCUCAUGAAAAGAGUGACGGGCUGCAUUCUCUCAAACGUGAAUUCCCCGUCUACAACUCCAGUGAUUGGACAGCCCCAGAACCAGACGCGUCCCAUCUACCAGAACACCAACAUUACAGACAACAAGCCCACUGCAAUUAAGCUUCUGGGGAAGGUGAGCGACAGUCUGGGAAAGAUCUGCUGUGUACGCCCCCACAUUGAUCGCUUCACUUUUGUGGAUGAGAAUGCAAACCUGGGAACAGCAAUGAGAUACGAGGAGAUUGAGCUGCGCAUCCUACUGCUGUGUGGCAGUGACCUACUGGAGUCCUUCUGCAUUCCCGGCCUCUGGAAAGAGAGUGACAUGGAGGUGAUCGUAGGGGAUUUUGGGAUUGUGGUGGUACCGCGUGACAACGCGGACACAGAAAGAAUCAUGAACCAUUCCUCAGUCCUUCGCAAGUACAAGGAUAACAUCAUUGUUGUUAAAGAUGACAUGAAUCAUCCCAUGUCUAUUGUCAGUUCUACCAAGAGCAGACUGGCCUUGCAACAUGGAGACGGGCAUGUAGUGGACUACCUGAGCCAGCCAGUCAUCGACUACAUCCUGCAGAGUCAGCUGUACAUCAACACCUCUGGAUAGAGCCCUCCCUUCUCUGCUCUCCUACUUGAGGGUGGCAGUUUCUCUCUCUCUCUCUCUCUCUCUCUCUCUCUCUCACUCUCUCUCUCUCUCUCUCUCUCUCUCUCUCUCUCUGUAAAAUAUACUCCUCCUGCUCUACUGCUUUCCAUGCACAGGAGCCUUCAGUGACUCUGUCCCUCCUAACUGUAACAUAGCAACAGGGCCUCCCAGGGGCACUGUGCUGAAUGAGACAGCAGAGAAUACAUGGAUCCGCCCUUGGCUAGACUUUAUUCUUCUGUGCACACGGGGGGGGGGGGGGGGGGGGGGGCGUGAAAGGAGGGUGCAAGGAAUAUUCUCCAAUAAUAAGCUGUUGGCAUUUGCUGUAGAUUUAAUACUGUUCUUCUAAUGCAUGUGUUAAUGUGUUUUAUUUAUUUUUGGCAUGAUUGCUUUUAUUGCAAAGUAGAUUUAUAGUCUGUGGUAAACGUAUUAGCAAAUAACGACCAGGAGGCAAUGAGGCGAUUAAAAUGACAAGAACUGUCUCCUGUUGAUUAGUCCAUUCUCUGUCCACCAUUAUUGAAUCUCAAUAAUCAAGGUUUAUACAGUACAGGGAGCUUGUGAAAUGUGACACAAACAGGAAGUAAAAAAAAUUAAAAGCGUGAAAGAAUCAGUGGUGGACCAUUUAAAGUGGCAGGUUUGAUGGUCUGAACUAAACUAACAGAGUGAUAAAGUACAAAUCUUUCCAAAGAAAAAACAAAAAGGAAUUAAAUCGUGUACAGUAUUUCAGAUUUCUGAAGACAAAAUGUAGAUGUGUUUGUUUGUAGAACCAUACCACUGUAAAUAUUUAACAGGAUCUUUGUUGGCUUACUCUUUGUAUGUCAAGAGCUAAUCUGCAGUUACUUGCUGCCAAAUCCUGGUGCUUUGGGUUUCAAGUCAGUCAAAAAAUGGACACCUAUUCCCCGCAACUGGUGAUGCCAAGCGCAUCAGUUAUCAGAUAGAUUAAUCUUUUUAGUAGCAUUAACAAGUUAAUAGUAGAGAAAUAGGCUUCCAUAUAAAUCAUCCUGUCACCCAAUGUCACCUCCAGAAACUUCCAAUUUAAGGGGGCCAUGUUUUUGGAAAGGACUGACAAGCGGGCUGUCCCACUUGAAGAAUAAUAACAUGAGCUCCUUCAGCUAAUGCUUGUUCAGGAACUGCACUGUAAGGAGCUCACAGUCUGCUCCAGACAUACAGUAGAUACACUCUCUGGAGAACUGUCCCGUUCAUGGAAGAAAGCUAACCAAUCUGAGUAUUCCUUGCCCCUUUGCACUCCACUACCCUACCCACUUGAAAUCAGUCUUUUUAAUUUCCAUCAGCAACAGAUAUAGUUCAAAUCAUGGCAUUUGUAUACCUUUAGAGCCCCUGGUAUCUUUUUAAUAAUAAAAAAAAAACAUUUGAGCAAUCACUACCCAGCUUAUCCACUACUCUGCAUUUAGCUUCAAUGAGUCAUGAUGUGAUCUAGGCUUUUAUUUCUGGUCGCAGGUCCAGUUUAAAGAUAGCAGCAUGCCUAUUAGAAAACAAACAGCUUAGUGCUUCUAUGUUUCUGGGUGUAUCUAUUUUCUAUAUUAUGUAUGUUAUAAAUAUGGACUGUUUGAUAAAGAAUAAUAAUUGACAUAAGAUUGUACAGCAGGGAUAUUUUACUUGGUGUAAGACAUUUGAAGGGCAUUGCAGUCUGCAGAUUGGGUUACAUACCUGACGAACAAGUCAAAACAAAUACCAGGUAAGAUAUCUCUGAGAAUAUCAUAUUGGCUGAAGCGAAGGAAAUGCUAAGCUCCACAAAGGCUUUCAAUUGGUAGUGACAUCUAACAGGAAAACUUAUCAUGUUCUGUAUAAAACUAUUUCAACUGCAGAUUGGAUUGCAACUGCAGCCCAGUAUUACAUUAUAAUCAAGGGCAGUGUGGUUUUUGGAUGUUUUUCAAAGUGUAACUUCAUUAGAUUUAUUUUUCUUUGUUUGUAUCGGUACAUUGUAUAAUAAAGCUAGUAUUAAAAUUAUUGACUGCUGUUUGUUUUAAAGUGAAUCUUCCAUUUAGAUUAAUAAAAGUUAAAAAAUACCUGC